AUGAUAUCCCGUCGUUACUUACGCCGUAGUUUUAUCAUCAUUAUUGUUUUACCCAUUGUUCUUCUAUUUUCAUUAGCAAUUUAUCAAAAUCGUCAUGCCAUCUUCUCAGAAAGUUCCCACAAACACGCGCAUUCACAUCUUGAAAAGCAUAGACAUGAUAAUAUUCCCAAUGACGAUCUCAGAUACGAUUUUCGUUCAAAACCAUCUACAACAGCAGCUCCGAUACAAUUGAAUUUAAGUGUCAAUGAUGAACAAUCCAUCAGAAAACUUUCUCAAACAGUACACAAUGCUGAUAAUAACAAUAAUCAACCUUUACAAAGCUUUCAAUCAAAUCAAAUACUGACACUACCUGUUAUUAACACGAAGGGUCUCCAUCGUUUCGUACAUUUAGAUUUGAAAGGUGCUGCACCAAAACUAUCUUAUUUUCAAAAGCUCUUUCCAUAUCUACGAAAGCUUGGUGCUGAUGGUUUACUUAUUGAAUAUGAAGAUAUGUUUCCAUUUACUGAUCGAUUGAGGGCCGUACGACAUGGUCUGGCAUAUUCAAAAGCGGAUAUCGAACAAUUAUUACAUUUAGCCGAACAGAAUCAUCUUCAAGUAAUGCCAUUGCUUCAAGUUUAUGGACAUUUGGAAUAUGUACUUAAAUUGAAAGAAUUUAUGCAUCUACGAGAGGAUGCUCGUUAUCCGCAAGUAAUUUCGCCUUGUCUCGAAGAAAGCUAUAAACUACUUUUCGAAAUGAUUGAUCAAAUGUUAGUUUCACAUCCGUCGAUUUCAUAUCUGCACAUGGGAUGUGAUGAAGUUUACUAUCGUCUCGUUCAUCCGCAAUGUGUCAACUUACAAAUUCGUGAUGAUGCUGAUUUAUUCAUCAGACAUGUCACUCGCAUUGCUAAAUAUAUCAAAUCAAAACGGCCGAAUCUUAAACUUUUCAUCUGGCAUGAUAUGAUUUCACAACUUCUCAAUUCAGGUUUAACGAAUAUUACAGAAUUAAUCGAACUUGUGAUACCAAUGGUAUGGACAUAUGUUGAUGAUGUUAAACCAUGGUUUGAUGAUUCUGUUUGGAUGAGGUUCGCGAUGUUUCCUGAAGUAUGGGUCGCAAGUUCUUUCAAAGGCUCGUCCGGUGAAACAGCCACGAUGAAUUAUAUCGGUCAUCACCAACGAAAUCAACAAACAUGGCUCGAAACCAUGUAUAUUGCUGCACAAAGAUAUAAAGUCAACUUCACUGGCAUCGCAAUCACGGGCUGGUCUCGAUACGAUCACAUGCUUCCAUUAUGUGAAUUUCUCCCUUCGGCAAUACCUUCACUUGUCUAUACUUUACAAACUGUUGUUCAUGGUCACAUUACUCAACAAUUGAAUGAAAGCAUAUCACAGACAGUGUUAGGAUGUACGCAGAUGCCAUUAUGGGAGCGAUCAUCAUUUCCCACAUUUGUUUCUUGUUCAUUUCCAGGUCAUGAAAUGUAUGAAAUGAUGUAUAAAUACGACACUGUCAUGCGGGAUUACGAUGAAACAAUGUCAUUUGUUCGAUUAUACGUUACUGAUAUUCAUCUUCGACAGAAUUAUAUACAUUAUAAACGUGCAGAAGAAUGUUUAGAACGUUUGAUGCCUCUUGAAGCAUCAAUGAUACAUUUUCUUGAUGCAUUUCAAAAUGCAUGUUCAUUGUUUUUCACUGCGGACAUUGGCCCUGAAUGGCUACAAACGUACUUUAUGCGUCCAUUCAAAGAAGUACAACAACGACUCAAUUUUGUCGAACGAUCAUUAAAAAGUCAGUCAUGGUGGUCUCAGCGUCCAUUGUCAAAAAAUAUCUCGAGAAUCACCGUCAAGAAACGUAAUAUGACAAUGAGUAGUAUAUUAAGAAAUGUCCAAAGAUAA